AGUAGCAGCUCCUUGCUCGCCUCAAUGUUGCAGCCAGCCUGGUGUGGCAGAUCGCUACAAUCCUGGAGGGAGCCGGGUCGAGUGAGCUGCUGGGCUUCCCAAUAUAUAUCCAUAUACAUAAAAAAAGAAUAUAGCGAGAAAGACACACAGACGGAUGGACGGACAUAUUAUAGGCAAGUGUUGCGAUUAACAUUUUUUUCUGUGCUUCUCUCACCGUAUUUAUUUAUCGAUUGAUUUUAAUUAGUGUGUCACAAGCGGGAGGGAGGAGCGUCAGGAUCAAGUGUGUGUGUGCGCGCGUGUGUGCAGUGUAGUGCAGUGGAAGUGUGUUUUUUUGUUUGUUUGUUAUCGCCUUUAACUAUUAAAGCUUUUUCUUUUUUUUAAAUGCGCGCGUGAGCUAGCAAACAAAUGAAUGUGUUAGCAGAUAGCAGCUAAAUAAUAAGCUAAAUAAAACCAAAUACUCAAAAAUAGCUUCAAACCAAAUAUAACCACACAGAAUAAGACUUUUUUAUGUAAAAAAAAAAGUCGACAUUUUGUGAUCUUUGUGCUUUAUUGACGCUAAUAACCAAAGCCAAGGGACAGCAAGCUAGCGACUGUUUUCAUGCCUUUAGUAUUAGCAUCAUUUUUAAACAACAGGGACUCCAUUUAAGUCCAAAAAUACGUCUUAACUUUCCCAUCGAGUCACUCGUCUAUCCGUCUGUGUGCCUCCAUUAAAGACCUAAAUAGAUUCUAUGCACAUUUACGCCACAUUGAUGCCGGGUUAAGUCAAUAAACAAAGUGCGCUGCCGGGCUGCUUUCAUGUGUACGCACCAAGCCGCCUUCACAAAGCCGAAGACACCCACGAAGACUCCCAGGAGGACACAUCUCGUCGUCCCGCCGUCUCAUCAUAAUCACCAUUAUUAUUAUUUGCACCCAAACAAGAAGAAGAAGGAAGAUCAUGUUUGUCCCCUUGCCGGUGCCGUUCGUGUUUCAGAGAGCUGCCCCUGACCUCAGCGCCUGGCGUCUCAAGUCCCCCCUGGCUCUUCGCUCCAACUCCGAUAUCAGGAUGUCAAGGCCAGCUGAGGUUGACAAACUAGGCGCUGACUCACCACUGGACAGCACAGAAUCAGAACCCAAUGGAUCUGAAUCUAAUCACCAGGCUCAAUCAAUGAAGGUCAAUCCAUUUUCCCUGUCGCCGAGCCUCAGCAGCAGCAAGAAUAAGAUGGAAGAGUGCGGCGAGAUGUCCCCGGCGUUGACUCCCUCUCACGGCCCGACCCCCUCCCAGACUGCCCUGCAACACACACAACUCAUGCUGACCGGCUCCCAGCUCGCAGGGCUCACAGCUCUGUUGCCAGCGCAGCAGCAGCUCUUGUUGCAGCAGGCUCAAGCGCAGCUCCUGGCUGCCGCCGUGCAGCAGUCCAGCGCAGCGCAUGCCGCUCAUGCGGCCCACGCUGCCGCCCAGGCCAAUCAGCAAGCUCAGGCGGCCGCCGCAGCCAAUCAGCAAACCCAGCAGCAGCAGCAGCAAACACAGCAGGCAGGACAAACCAGCCAGCAGCAGGCGCAGGGUCAGGGAAAGAGCACACAGGAACACACUGCCCAAAGCGUCCCUGCCCCACCUCCUCCGCCCCAUCUUACCCUCUCUCAGCCAAUCCAGCUCACCGCCCAGGACAUCCAGCAGUUGCUGCAAAUCCAGCAGCUGGUUUUGGUGCCUGGCCACCCCCUCCCGUCUCCUGCCCAGUUCCUCCUCCCACAAGCGCAGCAGGGACAGCAAGGACUCCUGUCGACACCAAAUCUUAUUCCGCUACCUCAACAAAACCAAGGGAGUCUGCUGUCUGCUCCAACUAGAAUGGGACUGCAAGCACAGCGAGACAAGAGCAUGGAGGUGAGCGGCGGAGGAGGAGGCAUGACGACGGUGUCCUCAGUGACCUCUCACCCCGAGGAGCCCAGUGACCUGGAGGAGUUGGAACAGUUCGCCCGCACUUUCAAACAGAGACGCAUCAAACUGGGCUUCACACAGGGAGAUGUGGGCCUGGCCAUGGGGAAGCUGUACGGCAACGACUUCAGCCAGACCACCAUCUCUCGCUUUGAGGCCCUCAACCUGAGCUUUAAGAACAUGUGCAAGCUGAAGCCGCUGCUGGAGAAGUGGCUCAACGACGCCGAAACCAUGUCCAUAGACAGCACCCUGCCCAGCCCCAGCUCACUGUCAAGCCCCUCACUGGGCUUCGACGGGGUGCCCGGCCGCCGCAGGAAGAAGAGAACCAGCAUCGAGACGAAUGUACGUGUUGCCCUGGAGCGUGCUUUCUUGACGAACCAGAAGCCUACCUCAGAGGAGAUUCUGCUGAUUGCCGAGCAGCUCAACAUGGAGAAGGAGGUGAUCCGAGUGUGGUUCUGCAACCGCCGGCAGAAAGAGAAACGCAUCAAUCCCAACAGCGCCACCCCACCCCUGCCCAGCCAGCCCGCCACGGCCCCGCCGCCACACAAGCCCCCCUGCUACAGCCCUCACAUGAUGUCCAGUCAGCUCUCACAGGCAGUGACCAGUCUGAGCAGCACAACGGCAGCGACCACCAUGUCCCCCAUUUGCCCUCUGACCUCCAGCCUCACCUCCCUCACCUCCAGCCACCCUUCUCACAGCUCCGUACCCUCCCCGGUGACUCCUCCUCCUCCUCCUCCUCCAGCUGCAGCUCCUCCCGCCACUCCUGUUGGUCCUCCCCGCAGCACGGCCAGCCCCGCCACUUCCAGCCACAGCACACUCAAUCUGAACGCUGGCUUGUGGCGUAUGGGUAAAAAGAACGGUGACGUGUCUAGCUACAUCACCGAUUUCGCUGCAAACUUGAGGAACACUGUGAUGGGGGUUAACACAGGGAUGAACCAAGCUCUCCUCGGUAACAAUCCCCUGGCCACUAUUCAAGCCCUAGCAGCCAGUGGUGGCCAGCUGCCUCUUUCCAGUCUUGAGGGAGGUGGUAAGAUGAUGCUGGGGGCGUCGGGUGGCCAGGCAGGGAACCUGGCGUCCUCCCUCUUCCUCAACCACCCCGCCCUCCUCCACAUGGGCCAGAACCCCGGCGCCGGACUGGUCAACGCGGCCGUAGCCAAAGCCUCCCUCCCCUCCCCCUUUGCUCCUUCAGCCAGCAGCAUCAGCCCCUCCCUCUGCUCCCCUUCCCCUUGCUCCAGCCCCGCCUCCUCCUGCUCGUCCAUCGAAAUGGCACACAGCCCCACCUCCCUGGGCGGGUCCAAGAUGGAGUGAUGGCAGCCGGUGAGCAGCCAAUCAGAGAGGAGGAGGAGGCGGAGGAAGGAAGGAAGGAAGGAAGGAAGGAAGGAAGGAAGAAUCUCGCCUUUCACACCAAAGCUAGCUCUUCCCUCUGUCUCUUGCGCUCUUCUUCCGGCAGCUCUUCACGCCAUCCAUCCUUCCCUCGCCGUCUUACGAUGCCAAAAAUCCACAGAAUGAAAGAGGGAGGGAAGGAGGGAGCGAUAGAAGAGGGGAAAAAGGGGGCGGAAAUGAUGGGAAGACUGAAACCAAAAAUCUUUAUCUAGCCAAACAGUCAGCAUGGCACCUCUCCAUCCACAACAAAAGUGACUCUUUAAGACAAGCAGAGAAGCCUAAAACCAAAAAUGACUAAACAUGGCAAAGGACAAGAAGAAUUCAACAGAGGAGGACUUCUUUUUGUUUUGUUUGUAAAAAGCUGCGGGUCUGUCGGAAGAGGAGGAGAAGUUUAAACCAAAAAUAUAACCUAAGAAGAAGAAGAAGGAGGAAGAGGAGGAAAGGCGGCUACGGUGGAACACACAAUGACAAAAAAAAAAAAGACAACCAUACCAAAUCCCAAAUACCAAAAAAUACGGAGAGAAAAGCUUUAUUCAAAAAGGACAUGUAAAUAAAUACUGAAGCUAUCCAGGACCAGGACUCCACAGCUAAACAUACACAUCAUCCUGUUUGUGUCCUCUCAUACCUCCUCAUUACCAGGAUGCUUUACCUAGCAUAGCCUCGCUUUAUACUAGCACUAUUUAUCAUGCAGUCUCAUUGCUUCAUCAUCAUCAUGGUCGUCUACAUCACAUUACCCCCUUUUUUGCACAGGUUUUGAGGUCACGCUCCAAAUAUGCUCGUAAUCAGAAGCCUCUUUCACGCAGAAAUGCCACAAGAUAGCCGUGCCAGAGCCGUAACAGACGAUUGAAUUGCCUUUUACACAGAACCAAAGGCGGGAUAUUGCGGCAAGAAUGACCCAAAAAUAGAAAAAAAAUACUUUUAGAUACGUUAAGGCGGGAUACCCAAGUUUCCGAUGUAAAACUUUGCAGAAUACCCGUACACACAGGCGUCGUCCCGCCUCUGUUACGGCUCUGAUAACUCCUAGCAAGGUGGAGAAAUGCACCUUUGACUCAGUUGAUGGAAAAAAGCCAGGUUUUACAUGCAAUGUGACGAAUCUGAAGACCCGGCAGAACAAUAACUAUCGUUGGGGCAAUGUGAAUGUGUCUACACCAGCUGACAGUGGGAGACUGUCAUCUGAUAUAACACACAAAAACUAAUAUAAUUGAUAAUAAUAAACAGGAAUGUUGUUUUGCUGGCAGUGAUUGCUGAAUAGAUAUAUGCAGACUAGACCACUGAGCAGUGAUUGAGGAAAACUGAUGACUGUUUAGCUUGUAUGCUAGUGUUGAAAUUUGACAUGAAAACACAUAUUCAAAGAUAUAUCUAGAACAAAAAUGUGGAUUUACUUACUGUCACCUUGGCACGCUUUUCCACGGUCGAAUGUCUUCUGGGUUUUUUACUUUUUGUGUGCGUUGGUGCUUGUGUUUUCACUGGUAGAAGCACCCUCCGGCAGUACACACUCACUCCCAAACUUUCCUUUAACUGAGCAAUAGUAUCAAAACGAUUGUCCUCAAAGUGUGCUGAACACAAUACCCACGAAUCUGAUGGUGUCCAUUUUGCUCGCCUUCAUUUGCGUGGUCCAUACAAUAAAGUCCUGCUUGAGACCAACACUGCACAUUCCUGUCAACUGCCACAAUGGUGACCCCAACGUGAUCCAGUGUGGCAGUUAAAAGGAACACUUAGUGUUGGUCUCAAGCGGGACGUGACGAGUGUCUGCCACAAUACUAAGUAGGGGUAGCCAAAAUGACGGUACUUGCAAAACUUAUUUUUGAGGUGGCACUUGGCAAGGAAGACUUGAGCGUGAAGGUUUGAUAAAAAGCCUCGUUUGGUGGCCUCUCAUUUCCUGCUUCAUCAAUCAAGUUUUUGUCUUUCUUCAUCAUCACGCCAUCGUCCCGUCAUCAUCCGUCAUUUUCGUCACUGCCAUGUCCGACUGCCAUUAAACUCUCAAAAUGGAAACCAAAGCAUUUUUCAAGGCUUCUUCAAGAGCCUCAUCUUUAAGACAUUUGAACUAACACACCCUGAGGGGUCAGCAGGGGCUGGGGGUGCAAGGGCGACCAACCAGGACCCGGUGUUACCCAACGGACACCCCGCGCUCACCUCUGGGAAAUCAGCUCCUCCUGAAAUGUCUAAAAGUUUGCCUGUAGGAGACUGAUGCUUUACUUGGAAGGCAAAAGCAAGGAGGGGCACAUGGACGUGAGCAAAGCAGGCGUCGCAUCUUUUCUAAGAGGAUACCAAAAAUGAACCCAAACCAAAAAAAACAACCUGAGGAAUGACCGAAGCAAACCAAAAAUAAAGAACACCAAACCAAAUGUGUCUGGAGGGAGGAGGGGAGGACUCUCAGGCCCCACCUUAAAGUGUGUAGCACAGGUGAGGCUCCCAAAAAAGGCAGGCAGGUAGACGGGGACGGGGGAAGAGGCCUUGAUGAAGGACAGUACAUCCCCCCGCCCCCCGUCCUCCGCCUCUCUCUCCAGCCCAGCUCUUUGGUCCUGGAUGGAACCAAACGCAAACGACCUCACUGAACUGAAUCUUUUAUUUUUCUGUCGGUCGGUUCUUUUAUCUCUGCUGUGUCUCUUGAUGCUGAUGUUUUCUGUACUGUACCUUAGUGCUUAUUAUUAUUAUGACCAUGACUCAUUUGGAAGAACGCUCACUUCAACUACACAAAAGCUCCUUAUUUUUUUGUAGUCGUGCUAGAGAUUUUUAUCAGGUGGUUGGGAAAAGGAAAAAAUACUGUGAAAAUUUAGCUUCCGGAUUUUUUUCAAAACACCGAAAAAAAAACAAAACCAAACCACAUACAGAAGUGACGGUCUUGCCCACACGAGGGCGCCAAGAUACAAGAAAGGAGGCGCUCGCUCCGCGAUUCUAACGACAAGCAGGCCUCGGACGCGGGUGUUAGCCAAAGACGAUUUGGUUCGAUCCGUUAAAACAGUCGACGCACGAGAAUCGUUCCCGAAAACCAAACUUUUAGAUGUGGAGGUCUGCGCCUCAAAGGUGACGCCUUUUGUCCACAUUGACUCUUUAGACGGAAUGUAUCUGUUAGUGCUUCUAUAGAUUUUGUAGUAAAAAAAGAAAAAAAAAGAUAUAUGUUCUACUGCUUACUUAUUGCCAAUGUAUUAAAAAAAAAAAUUCAAAGAAAAAAAAGAUUCUUAAACGCAUUGAUGACUUGAUUUUAGACCAAAAAUUUUAAACUAUCUCUCUUUUUUUUUUUAUUUUGAACUGAUGAUUUAGACUUUUGAUUGUACUAUUUAUUCAGGGUAGGGUCGAUUUGAUUUGCGUGUUCCCUUGCUAUUAUUUAUUCGUUAAAUUAUUCCUAGAGGUGCUUUUUUUUUUUUUCAAAUUCUGGGAUGGAUGUGACUUUGAUGUUCUUACCCCACCCACCCCCCCACCCACCUUUUGCUGAAGUUCUUUCUUCUAGAAACCAAAUAAUUCCAGAAAUGCAACAAGGAAUCUGGAGUUUCAGACGGCAUCUUCCUCACAUUUAAGAGGCAGCACUGUGUGGACCCUCACGAUUGUGAAGCUGGGGUUUAACCCAUCUUUUUUUUUUCACCAUCAACCACCAACCGUUUCAGCGUUCUUGUAGGUCAGGGGUGGGCGACCUGUCAUUUUUAUAAAUCACUCAUGCAACAAUCGAACGCAUUUGAUUGAGCAUGAUGAGCAUUUGUGGUUUAAAUGUCUCUGGGCCGUUUUAAACGCUCUUGCGAGGCAUACAUGGCCCUUGUACCGCAGGUUGCCUACCCCUUGUCGCCUGCACAGUACUGCCUCUGUUCUCUUUCUCCACGGGGAGAAACUACUAAAAGCUUUACUGCUACAUUACCAAAAAAAAAUAAGCAAAACACAAGAGAAGAUCAACAGGGGCGUAGGCUACCUUUUUUUUUUUUCUUUUUUUUUUUACAUGAAAGGAGAAAAAAAAGAACGCCACCUUCUUUUUUUACCUCUCAAUCUUAUUUUGAUUGUGUUCACUGCAUCCAGUGUUGGAUGUCAAAGAGAGAUAGUUCAUCAUAUACCUCAUAUUCUCUGAUGAUAAACCAAAUAGAUGAAUGCUUUAAAAAUGACCGGGGGUGGGGGGUUCAAGUGCAGGGGAAAAGGGGCAGUACGGGGGUGACAGGGUGUUGUGUUGACGUGUUAUUGGAUAGAUGAUCUCACACAGAGCCACUGCAAAAUAGCAUCAGAGACUCAACAGAGGAUCAGGCAUUUGUCCACCUGUGCCUUUUAUACAGGACGCAGAUCUUGGGGCACGAGUGCGCGCCGUCAUACGGCAUUUGCAUGGCAUCUUGCAAAUCAAAAAUACCCCUCAGACAGCGACAACUGCUUCAACGCAAACUUCACAUUACGGAAUAACCUCGAAUCGACUUUGAUACAGAAAGGUGGGGAAAUGAUUGAUCCUCCAGUUAGCACACACACAACCUGCUCUCCCUCGAUAACCCCGCCCUCCUGCACACAUACAGAGAUCCCCACCCCCCCGACCCCCUGCCCUUGCUGUCUGUGCUGAGCUUUGAACGCUGCCCUCCCAUCUUACCCCACCCUCCAGGCGGCCUUCCUGUCAAACAUGGACUUAAAGCUUGCUCUCUGGAAGCCCAAAUCUGUUCAUUUAGCGCUUGAAAAGCUGAGUCCUCAGAGCAUCUUUAUCGCCAUGGCCAUUUAUGACGAAGCACCACAGGGACGGGGGGUAAUCGGGUCAUCGGUAAUCGGCCUGGGCUGUGGUUGCUAGGUGACGCAUCUCUCCACGAAUCAUUGUGCAGUGGGAAGGACGGAGGUGAUCUUUUCUUUGCUUUUGGCGUGGAGCGCUGUCACUCUGAUAGGUCACUUUAUCGUGGACAUCAGGGUGUCUAAGUGGAAGGUGCUGCCCUCUGUGGCGGGGAUGUCCCCCUUAAGUGUAUGAUACCAAAGUCUAUGCCCCUCCACGAGGCCCAGUAUCCACACCCUUCAAGAUCCUGACGUCCACCUGAGUGCUCAGGAAGACCGCUUCCCUUCCAUGAGCCUUCAGCAGGUUUAUUCCAAAAACGUGCCCGCAGAUAAAUCCAACAUUACACAUGAAAGAAGCUUUACAAUCCAAUAUUCUUCUUGUAAAGUUAUGUCAAUAUCACCAGCGACAGUUUAUUCCUGUAGGAAAACACGGAAGUAGAACCAAAGUGCUGCAAUGUGACCUUUUUCUCUCGCCACUGCAUCCCACUUCUCACGCCAACAGUGUCACCUUGCGAGCCCAUUAUGAAGACGAAUGUAAAAAUAACUACUGAUAAUGUUAAGGUGUAAAAAAAAAAAAAAGCUUCACUUUAAUGGCAAUGGUGUAAAAUGGCAUUUUUUAACAUUUUUAAUUGUCAUACAAGUGUAACAAUAAGUUCGCCACUGGUUAAUGUUGAUGUUCUCCUGCCGCGCAACAAAAAUUGACAUUAAAACAAAAGAAUUAAAAACCCAAGUGCUCCAAUGAGAGCUUUUUCUCUCCAGUGCAUCCCACUUCUCACGCCAACAGUGUCACCUUGCGGGCCCAUUAUGAAGACGGAUGUAAAAAUAACUACUGAUAAUGUUAAGAUGUAGAGAAAAAAAAGUCUUCGCUUUAAUGACAAGGGUGUAAAAUGGCAUUUUUUUUACAUUUUUAAUUGUCAUACAAGUGUAACAAUAAGUUCGCCACUGGUUAAUGUUGAUGUUCUCCAGAAAUAUAUGUUAAAACAAAAGAAUUAAAACCAAAGUGCUCAAAUGGGAGCUUUUUCUCUCCACUGCAUCCCACUUCUCUCGCCAAAAGUCACCUUAAGAAUGACGACAUUAACGCUGUUAAUAUUAAGACGUAAAAACAAAAGAAAAAGCAAUGCCAACACCUUCCAAACUGAUGGGACUUGAGAGGCGACUUUUCGACUACAUGUACCACUUAGGAACUGUGAUAUGAGUCACACGAUCGCGUCCUUACAGUUAGCAUAGCAUCAAGGAACGGGAACUUUUUAACAAACACAUAGCGAUACAUGUGUUGGUUUUGUUGUAAAUAACUUGCUUCUCAGUUGCCGAAUCACCGUAUUUACGUUUAUACAUGCUAGCUUUCAAGAUUCAAGAGAUUCAAGAGAUUCAAGAGAGUUUUAUUGUCAUGUGCAUGGUAAAACAGCAGUUAUACCAUGCAAUGAAAAUCUUAUUCUGUUCAUUCUCCCAAGGAAAAGAAAGAAAAACACAAGAAAGAAUAAGAACAUAAGAAACAUAAACACAUAUACAUAAAUACCAAGAAAUUAAGCAACAACAGAAGAGACAGUAAUGCAAGUAAAUAAUACAAAUAAAUAAAUAAAUAAAUAAAUAAAGUGCUAUGAGUGUGUGUUGCGUGUGGCGUGUCUGAGUGCUUCAUUGAGAAGCCUGAUGGCCUGUGGGUAAAAGCUGUUUGCCAGCCUUGUGGUCCUGGACUUCAAACUCCUGUAGCGUCUGCCUGACGGUAGGAGUGUGAAUAAUGAGUGUUGUGGAUGUGUGCUGUCCUUGAUGAGGUUGUGUGUUCUGCGUAGGACUCUAGAUGUAUAAAUGUCUUGCAGUGAGGGGAGGGCUGCCCCAACAAUGUUCUGUGAGGUCUUGAUCACCCGCUGGAGUGCCUUCCUAUCACGUGUUGUACAGUUACCGUACCAAACAGUGAUGGAGGCGGUAAGGACACUUUCCAUAGUGCAUCUGUAGAAGCAACUCAGGAUUGUGGUGGACAUGCCAAAUUUCCUCAGUCUUCUCAGGAAGUACAGUCUCCUUUGGGACUUCUUCAUAAUUUGUUGGGUGUUGUGAGACCAGGUGAGGUCCUCGCUGAUGUGUGUGCCAAGGAACUUGAAGGUUUUCACCCUCUCCACCUCAGUCUCACCAAUAAACAGGGGUCUAUGUGGCUCCUUUUCCCUUGUUCUUGGGUCGAUGAUCAUCUCUUUAGUCUUAUCUGUAUUGAGAAGGAGAGUGUUAUCACGACACCAAGCUAUGAGGUCCGCCACCUCUCUUCUGUAUGAUGUUUCAACACCACCAGUGAUCAGUCCGAUGACUGUAGUGUCAUCCGCAAAUUUAAUGAUGCUGGUGUUGUUCUGGGAGGCCACGCAAUCGUAGGUGAAGAGCGUGUAGAGGAGUGGACUCAGCACACACCCCUGUGGGGUCCCAGUGCUCACAAUUCUUGAGCUGGAUGUGCGGUUGUGGACUCUGACUGACUGGGGUCUGCCUGUGAGAAAGUUAAACACCCAGUUACAGAGGGAGGGAGACAGGCCAAGUGUGAGGAGCUUAUUUGUGAGUUUGUGGGGGCAGACUGUAUUAAAAGCAGAGCUAUAGUCUAUAAAUAGCAUUCUGACGUAUGUGUCCUGGCCCUGUAGGUGAGAAAGGGCUGUGUGGAUGGCAGUGUUGACUGCAUCAUCCGUGGACCGGUUCUGGCGAUAUGCAAACUGUAGAGGGUCCACAGUUGCCGCCGGGAUGCUCUUUUUGAUGUGGGUCAUGACUAUUCUUUCAAAGCACUUCAUAACAAUAGGAGUGAGUGCUAUAGGGCGAUAGUCGAGCAGUGCUUUUCCAUCGUCUGUACGUCUGUGCACCACCGUUUGUUUACGUAAACACAGACGCCGCCACCUCUGUGUUUACCAGACGCUAAAGUCCGAUCUCCCCGGUAAGCAGCAAAUGAUUCCAACUGGAUCGCCGAGUCCGGUAUAUCCUCCGUCAGCCAGGUUUCUGUGAAGGUGAGGACACAGCAUUCCCUGAUCUCACGUUGAGCUGUAAUCCUUGCUCGUAGUUCGGUGGCCUAGUCGCUCUAGCUUUUAGCCUAGCAUGCAGGCCGGCUCGCUUGCCUCGUUUACGCCUCGGAUGCUUUGCUCGCCGGGUAUUCAGCUCACCGGGGCCGCAGGCUGCUGCGUUCUCCCGGCGCAGAAGAAAGGCAAAGUCUGAGAGGCUAAAUGAAAGUUCAUGGUGAACCCUGCCGAUGUUCAAAAGUGUCUCCCUGUUGUAAUGUACUGCGUGAGUGUGUUGAAUGUCCAAAAUGAACAAUAAAAUAGCAAAAAAUAGAAAAACACGGGAGAGUGUCACAGAGACGUCUGCCACGGAGGGCGCCAUCUUUCCCGUGCUAAGCUAAGAGAACCAUCUGAUGCCUCUAACUAUUCCCGUAACAGAUGCGAAUAAGUGCUUUAACAUAUGAAAGUGACAUCAGGGACAAACAUCUGUGGGCUCAACGGAACUAAGCUGUUGGAGGACUCGUUAGCAAAGAAAGACAACUAGCAAAGCUGCUACGUUUCCCUCCAUCUUGCCUCGUGCACUCCUCCAUCCCCUUUCUUCUCUUCUCUAUCUGUCUUCUGCAAUGCAGCUUUAGUCCAAAGGUUCUCCAGCCACUCAGCAAAAAGAGUCAGAUGUUAAAAAUAAACAAGUAAAACCAAAGAGCUUAACUUGACCUUUUUUUUUUUUUUCCUCUCACCACUCUCAUCAUUCCACUUCUGUCGCCAAAAGCGUCACCUAGCGGCCCGGUCUUUGCAACCUCAGCUAUCCAAAGGGAAAUAAUACUACUAAUAAUGAUGCUAAUGAUGCUAAUGAAGAUGAUGAAAUGUAUAUUUUUUAAGUAUUUGUCAUUGGGAAAAUAAUCUGAAUUAUGCUGAUCUUGACAACGAUGAUGAUAAUGAAGUUUCUCUUGGUAUCUUUGUAGCUGUUCUGAUCCUUCUUAAGUUCUUUCUGCCGGAGUACUGCUUAACUACCAUCAACCCCCUCCCUCCCCUUUUCUCCCCCAUCACCCAAUGUUUGGUCCAGACCUUUGACCCCCGCCUGUCUACGGCUGUGUAUUUGUGAGUAAGGGGUUUCCCUGGGGGUGGUAAAGUUUGCCAUCUUCCUUGUUCAUGUAGCUUUAAUUGCCCCUAUCACCUUGUAUCCUUAAUGCUGUAUGAAUGCGUGCCAUUAUUGCAACCCAAACCCCCACCCCUCAAAUUUCCUUUUGUGUCUCCCAUCGUGUGAGCAGUCCCCCCCCCCCCCCCCCCCCUCGUAGUAGCGGGUUUUAGUGUGUUUACCUUGAAAACAAAAAAAAGACAAAGAAAAAGUAACUCUGCUUGUUCAUUGUACAGUGUUGUUCAUUUUAAGUCAUUUUUGUAACUGAAUGUGUUUCAUUCAUCCAAAUAAAAACAGCAGACAAAAACUGUACAGACGACCCCCCCACCCCCAUCCCUCCGUCUCCCCUCUUGACUGCUUCUUGGCUCUUCUCCGUGACCUUUAACACCCCAUUCAAGUCGCAUAGGGAAGAAAAAAAGCCGUCUUGUCACAAUAUAACCAGCAGAGGGAGCAAAAGACCUCAUUUUGUCAUAGCUACAGUAGCAAGCAAGGCAAGUUAAAGGCAAACUGCACUUUGGAAUGUUGCCCAUUAUCCACAAUCCUUACGUGAGACACGAACACGUAUGUCUUUCUCUUUUCAGUACCUUCUAUUGAUAUAAAAUCAAACAAAAAGACACAGCUAAGAAUGCACAUAAUGGGGAGCACCUAUUCCAUCGAUAAAGCUGUUAUUACUAUUAUGGUUAAUACUGUUACCCCGGUAACAACUACGGUACUGGCAUAUUGCUAACUAUAUACAGUAUAUGCUAGCUACUAGCCGGCCAGGGACUAGCUUCACCACACACUUGCCAGCAGCGCGUCAGAGCCGUGCCAAAACGCGUCAGACCACUACCAAAAGGUGCAUUUACUUAUUGGAGAUGCCAGAACUGCUGCUGUGUUUUUGUUUUUGUGUUUGGAAAAGUUAACGCUAGGUGUAGGCGUUCGUUUCUAUGUUGCUAUGUGAAAUCAAUGCACCCAGGAAGGAGGUUCCGGUAAUGCUUAAAUGUAAGUAUUCCAUGUUAUCAUGAAUGUACCUGUUACUACGUGGUUACAGCAUGGAUAGAAAACCACCAAACCUUCUUGGAGGUUUUUGGAGGUGUUUUAAUAGCGGGCUUUGUCGGCGACAUAGGUGUCUCUUUUUCGCUGUUUUACAGUAUAUCUUUAGAACGCACACAAAAGAGAAAGACGUGUGCUCAUGUCUCACAUAAGGAUUGUGGUUGAUGGGCAAAAGUCCAAAAAAGUGUGCAGUUUUCCUUUCAAAUACACCCAUUGCCUGUGGGAUAGAAACUGUACCAAUACAGAAUAUACCCUAAUCCAGGGGUGUCCAAAGUGCGGCCCGGGGGCCAUUUGCGGCCCGCGGUUGUGAUUUUAUCGGCCCGCAAACUAAAAAUGUAAUUUAACAAGGAAACUUAAAAAACAGCAGCAGCAAAAAUGGGAAAAUCAAUCAAAAGUCAAAAUAUGAAGAGAAGUGUUGUAAUCUAGCAAAGAAAAAAAAGCCAUAAUUUCACAAGAAUAAAGUCAGAUAAAUAUUCAAGAAAAAAGUUUUAUUGUCAAAAACAAUAAAUAAAGUUGUAAUUUUUUUCUUAGGUUGGUGGAAAAUGUAUAACAUGGGAAUAAAGUCAAAAUAUUAAGAGAAGAAAAUAUGAAAGAAAAGUUGAAAUAUUAGGAUAAUUAUUAUUUUUUUUUAAUCAACCGCAGAAAUUUUACCAGAGUAAAGUCAAAAUAUGAAGAUAAAAAAAAAAGUUUUCUAAUGAGAGAAAAGUUGAAUAAACUUGUAAAAUGAGGAAAAAUAUCAUUUUUGUAACAAUGUUGAAAGAAAAAAUACAUUGUUUUAAAAUAUAAAAAAUAUUAUGGGAAUAAAGUUAUAAUUACAAGAAGAAAAUGCACAAGAGGAACGCCGAAAUGAAAUAGUUGGAAAGUUAAAAUAACGCUAGAAAUGGAAAAAACAACUGUAAUUUUACGGGAAUUAAAGUCAAAGUAUUAAAAAAAAAGUCAGAAUCGAAUGAAGAAGAACCCGUAUUAUGGAAAAACUGAAUUUUUAGUAGCAUUUCACCUGUAUUACAAAGGUGAAAUGCAGUUUUUCCUCGAGCCACAUAUACUGUAGCCUCUUAGCAUAUCUCUAUGUGUUGCUUUACAAAAUAUCAAAGUGGCCUUUGCAUCCUUUCAUAUACCCUUAACCCAGGGUACAAACAUGUCUUAUACACCCUUACCUGAGGUAUAAACUGUACUAGCUCAGAAUAUAACCAACCCCUGGGGAUAAAAUUGCAUUAUUGCCACAUAAUAUACCCUUAUUUCAGGGUGUAAAGUAUGCUUGUAGAAAAUAUACUGUACCCUUACAUGACAUACCCAACCUCAUGCUGGAUGUAAACUGCACACAGGAUAUAGCUUCAUCCCGGUAGUACAGAUGUACACAGUCAAACCUGUGGUAUAUCAAUUUUAAUAUCACAAAAUAUACCCGAUAAACUAUACUAUUACAGAAUAUGCUGUGUAUACCCAAACAUGCCAACAUUUCUUUUUUUUUUUAAUAACACCGAAUAUACCCUGGGAAUACUACGAUAGUACACAAUAUACCCAAUCACCUGGUGAAAUAAUGGGCACUAACACAGAAUAUACCGUACAUACCCCGAACCUGGGGUACAAACGUCACUAUUAAUUGGGUUAUAAAGUGUACAACAGAAUAUACCUUAACCCUAACUUGUAUAAUUGUAUAAUAUACCCACCCCGCGUAUAUUACAAACACAGAAUAUACCCUAACUUGGGUCAUAAAGUGUACUUGAAGAGAAUAUACCUGAACCCCAGCCCACAUUUAUAAACUAUAAGCACAGAAUACACCAUAAACCAAAGGGAAUUAGGUAAUACCACUCACCUCCAGGCAAUAUAAAGUAUACUAACACAGAAUAUACCCUACCUUGAGGUACUAUAAGUGCAAUAGAAUAGGGUUUAUACCCUAAACCGGUGGUAUAAGGAACACCAGUAUAGUUCCUAACCUGGUGUUCUAACGUAUUCUGGUAAAGCAUGUUAGUGUAUUCAUACCUAAACUUAGAUAGCUAUAAUAUUUGGUGGACCUUGUUAUCUCCAUCCCCUGAUGAACUGUCUCUCUUCCUCUCUAUCCAUCUCUUCCUCCUCCUCCUACCGCUGUGUGUCACAGUAGGUGGAUGAUUAGGUAGGAUGCUGGAGAGAGUGUGUAUGUUCCUGUGACAGCUUUCAGACACCAACCUCCACAUUGAGUCACGCACCGUGGGGGACAUGCGAUCAUGUGAUCCCGUCACCAGGGUGACUCGGGGCAGAUACAGUACGUGUCGUUCACUCUCUCGCGUCGUCGAAAAUGUAAGCCAGUAUGAAAAAGUAAUGUAAGUAUGUUCCUGCGCUGCCAUUCACCAUAAUUUCCAAUUCUAACAGGCUAGUCUGUGUUUUUUUUUCCCCCAUUGGCCCAGCUCAAUUAUGCUUAGAACAUGAAUGAAUGAAUUCUGCCUAGCAACAGAUGUCUGUGCGAACAGGAAAAAUAAGUGUAUCAAUUUUAUUGGUUGCUGUGUCUGCUAGCUAGCGAAAAGGCUUUAUUCCAGGUGUAUCCUGCCAUUGGUUAUUAUGGUAUGUUUGUGAGCAUGAGAGUAUGGUGCAGGAGCAUACUGCAGUCAUUUAUAAGUCGUCACUUUAUCCAACACUGGAGUCAUUCUCCUAGCUCUGGAUGGAUUCUAGUAAAGGUGCUGAGAAUAACGACUCACUGUGUCUCUGCUAACACACACGUCAGCACAACAGCUGACCAUUUAACCAGUGCGUGCGUGUGCGUGCAUGUGCGUGUGUGUGAACGAUGCCAGUGAGAGACAGUGAUGAAGUGCCACGAGACAGAUCUGGUUUCCAUCCCCUCAACACAAUUGCGUGCGUGUGUGUGUGUGUGUCUCGGUGUUGUGUUUGUGUGCUCGUGCUAACUCACCCUUUGACCUCUUGCCCCCUCAUAAAGUCGCACACAGAAGACUUAUUUGUGUUUCUUUAAUCAAACUGCAUCCUGUGUGUUGAAUGUAUGCAACCCCCCAAGAUAGGGUGUAAUAAAUACUUAAGCCAAUGUGAAGGAAUACUCUGAAAAUAUUUAUAUAUAUUUUUUUUUAGGAAAAGUAAAAUCAU